AUGCCCGUCAUAGACCUUGAGAUCAUCAGCCAUAAACUCAGCAUUUCCCCCGCUUAUAAGCCUGUAAGACAGAAGCGCCGUUCGUAUGAUGCCGAACGAUACGAAGCCAUGCGCACAGAGGUUGACAAACUUCAAACUAUCGGCUUCAUCAGGGAGGCUACAUAUCUAGUAUGGUUGGCAAAUUCGGUAAUGGUCCGAAAAGCUACAGGCGGGUGGCGAAUGUGCCAAGACUAUACCGAUCUGAACAAGGCCUACCUGAAGGAUAGCUUUCCGCUGCCAAGGAUAGACCAGCUCGUGGACGCCACCGCCGGACACGAACUGCUCAGCUUCAUGGACGCCUAUUCGGGAUAUAAUCAGAUAUUCAUGCACCCUUCCGACAGCGAACACACCGCCUUCAUAACAGAUAGGGGGUUAUACUGUUACAAUGUCAUGCCGUUCGGCCUGAAGAACGCGGGGGCAACAUAUCAGAGGCUUGUCAACAGAAUUUUCGCCAAAUACAUCGGGAGCAUCAUGGAGGUUUACGUCGACGACAUGUUGGUAAAGAGCAGAACUGCCGAAAGCCACCUGCACAAUUUAUCAAUCAUGUUCGGCAUACUAAAAGACUACCGGAUGAGACUCAACCCAAUGAAAUGCGCCUUCGGUGUGUCCUCCGAAAAAUUCCUCGGAUUCAUGAUCAGUCAGAGGGGGAUCGAAGCGAAUCCCGAAAAGAUAAAGGCAAUAAUCGACAUGGAGAGACCGAAGACAACAAAAGACAUUCAGAGCCUUACCGGACGCAUAGCUGCUUUGACCCGCUUCAUAUCGAAGGCUACCGACAAAUGCGUACCGUUCUUCAAAGCCUUGAAAGGGGGCAAACAGAAUAUCAUAUGGACUGCCGAAUGUGACAAAGCGUUUCAAGACUUAAAGGACUACAUGGGCAAAGCACCCCUUUUAUCAAAACCACUACCAGGGGAGAUUCUCUCCCUAUACCUUUCGGUAUCUAGCACUGCCGUCAGUUCGGUAUUGAUUCGAAAACCAGAGAAAGCAGAGCUACCGAUUUUCUAUGUCAGUAAGGCACUCCAAAGUGCCGAACUUCGGUAUCCCCCAUUAGAACAGCUUGCACUAGCCCUUGUGGUCUCGGCACGAAGACUUCGGCCAUACUUUCAAGCGCACGGAAUCAAAGUCCUGACUAACCAACCGCUCCGGCAAGUGCUCCUAAAACCAGAGACUUCUGGCCGAUUGAUCAAAUGGGCAAUCGAACUCGGAGAAUUCGACAUACAGUUUAUUCCAAGGCCCGCGGAAAAGGGUCAGGCUAUUGCCGAUUUCAUUUCCGAACUCACCCCAUCAACAGCACAGCCAACACCCGAGCCGGUAAUCGAGGCUGGAUUGCCGGAGGAACUAGACGCCGAACGCUUUGACGUCUCAACUCCCGUAUGGAUUCUGCACGUCGACGGCUCGGCAAACCAACAAGGGUGCGGAGCAGGCUUGGUACUGACAACACCGGACGGACUCAAGAUCGAGUACGCCCUCCGAUUCGACUUCCGAACCUCCAACAAUAAAGCGGAAUAUGAAGCUCUCUUGGCCGGCCUUCGGUUAGCCAAGAGCAUGAAUGCCAAACAAAUCAGAAUUCACAGCGACUCCCAGCUCAUUGUGAACCAGGUAACGGCAGACUUCGCGGCCAGAGACGCCUCCACGCACGCCUACCUUUCGUCUACCCAUCAGUUGCUCCAAAGCUUCCGAGCCUACGAGAUCAAGCAGAUCCCCAGAACUGAAAAUAGCCAUGCCAAUGCAUUGGCACGUCUGGCUUCGGCAAUCAACGACAAAAUCGGAAGAAAGGUGCCAGUAGAGAUUCUUGCCCAACCGAGCACGGUAGCCUCCGAAACAUGUACCGUACGGUACGAAGAUACAUGGAUGUCUCCUAUCUACUCGUACCUGACCAACGACACCCUUCCAGAAGACAAGGCCCAGGCCCGAAAGCUUAGGUACCGAUCAGCAAGGUACACCGUCAUCAACAACGUCCUUUACAAGCGUGGCUACACUACUCCAUAUCUCAAGUGCCUUACGGCAGAACAGAGAGAUUACAUCCUUCGGGAGAUCCAUAAUGGUGUGUGCGGCGACCAUUCUAGUUCCCGGUCAGUCGUCUACAAAGCAUUUCGGCAGGGGUACUUUUGGCCGACCAUGCAUCAGGACGCUAAUUCACUGGUAAAAAGGUGUGAUAAAUGCCAGCAUUUCGGUAACAUACCGCACAUCCCUGCCGAACCCCUGACACCGAUUGUGAGUCCUUGGCCUUUCGCACAAUGGGGAAUAGACCUGAUCGGUCCAAUGCCGCAAGGUAAAGGCCAGGUAAAAUAUGCAGUGGUUGCCGUCGACUACUUCACCAAAUGGGUAGAAGCCGAACCUUUGGCAACCAUAACAGCAGCAAAGAUGGAGGAUUUCAUCUGGACUCACAUUUGUUGCAGAUUCGGUAUCCCAUAUGCAAUCAUUACCGAUAACGGCAGACAGUUCGAUUCGGAACUCUUCAGGCAAUUUUGCACCCGCCUAAAAAUCAACUUGUUUUUCGCAUCACCGGCCCAUCCCCAGUCGAACGGUCAAGUCAAAGCAAUAAACAAAAUCAUCAAGAAACUACUGAAACGGCAGCUGGACAAGGCCAAAGGAGCUUGGCCGGAGAAGCUUCCCGAAGCACUAUGGGCCAUUCGGACAUCUUACCGAACGUCCACUGGAGAAACUCCUUUUUCCCUGGCUUUCGGUUCGAAGGCUGUGGUGCCUGUGGAAAUUGGCGAACCUUCCUACCGAACGGAAACCUUCGCACCGAAGCUGAAUGAAGAAGCACUUUCUCUAAGCCUCAAUCUUCUUGAAGAGCACCGAGCACAUGCCAACCUUAGGAAUGAAGCCUACAAGCAACGUGUCUCUCGGUACUACGACUCUAGGGCCAGACACUGCUCAUUCCGAAUCGGAGACUGGGUCAUGCGGAAGGUAUCCCUAGCAACCAAGGACGCCAUGGAAGGGACUCUCGAACCUUCCUGGGAAGGACCCUAUGAUAGCAUCGGUAUCCUUCGAUCGGGAACCUACCGCCUAAGAGACUCCAACGGCAAGACCCUCGGUCAUCCUUGGAACGUGGAACAUCUCAAAUACUAUUUCAAGUAA